UUAAAACAAUCAAAGGUAUCAGUAGUAGUUGAAGCAGUUGAGAGAGAAAGAAUGUCGGUUUACAAGGUUCAUUUUUGUUUGAUCAUGCUGAUUGUAUUGGUCGGAUUGGCUACAUGCGAUGAUGUUUAUACAUGUGUGGGUGUCAGAGAUAUGUUACAGGAAUGUGAGAAAUACCUGUCACCCGCAUACAAGAAAAUACCACCUUCCGGAUACUGUUGUGAGGCUGUUAGAGGUACGGAUUAUGAAUGUUUGAACAAGUACUUGGGUCAAAUGAAAAAAACUAUUAGCCGUGAUAAGCUUGACGAUGCUAUUUUUGUUUGUAACACUCCUCCUCGUCUUCAUGCCAGCAAAUCUGAAACUUAUAAAGUUCAUGUCUGAAAGUGGCCGGCGGGAGACAGAUGAAAAAUAAAAGUUAGGCUGUUGAUAUGACUUUGGUGUGUAUGCCUCCAUGGCUUUUUUCGGUAGUGAAAUAAAUAUCACUUGAAUAUGUACUUUGUAUCUUUUUGUGAAAAUCGAUACUAAGAAAUAUAAGGCAUAAUUAUGAGUGAAA